GAGAGGGAGGGAAGGAGAGGGAGAGAGAGAGGUGAGAGGAGAGAGAGAGAGAUAGAUAAGAGAGGGGGGCUUCUCUACCAAUGUAUGUUUAGACACCCUUCACUGAAUUGGGCAGUCGAUACACGCACGACUUCACCCCAGAGCUUAACAACAAUUCCGGCUGAAAAGCCGGCUUGAUCCCGUUAAAUACCCGGUUCUGUUUUCCCCUGGAUUUUAAACACCUGCGGAUCGUGUUGCCAAAAAAAAAAAAAAAAUCUUUAAAAUUCUAGUGACGUCAUUUUUCCAUUUGCUUAUUGAUUUAUUCCUUUGUUUAUUUAUUUCUUUAACAUUCUUGCGGGUUUUGUUUGUUUAUCUGUUUAUCUAUUAAUAUUUUUUGGGGAGAGGAGAAGGAAAAAGGAUUUCAGCAUCAGAAUGGGAGACCUGCGCAGCUCCCACAUCGUCGGGGCCAACAUCCGAGCCAAGCUCAUCAAGUCCAAACAGACACAGGAAGGAGAGUUCAUUCCUCUUGACCAGAUGGAUAUGAGUGUGGGGUUCGAGACUGGGGAUGACCGCCUCUUUCUGGUCUCCCCUCUGGUCAUCUCCCACGAGAUCGACUCGCGAUCGCCCUUCUGGGACGUCUCCCAGGCUCAGCUGGAGAGGGAUGACUUCGAGAUCGUGGUGAUACUGGAGGGAAUGGUGGAGGCCGCUGUGUCAUUCCCUGUACCAUGGCAUCUUUCCAGUCCCGGGACAGCAGGAGCCAAGACCUCUUAAAUACACCGGAACGGCGCUGGGCCGAGCUCAAAAGCAGUGUGAAACGGCAUUAUUUUGUACAAGACGAUUAUUUUCCCUCAUGAAAGCCGCUGUUGGCUUUUGUUUUGUGUUUUAUAAAGGUUAGUUCAAGUUAAAAAAAA